AUUAGGAAAGUCUCUGCUGUGUACUGAGUAAAUCUGAUGUGUAAAUAAUCGCAGUUAAAUGAGUUUAUAUGAAUAAAAUAAUAAAUGUAGGAGCAGGUUAGUAUCAGAGCCUGGAUCUGGUGCUGUUCUGGACAGAGAUGGACUUUAGGGUGAAGUUUCCUCUGCACUUGCUGGUGUGGGAGAAUGAUUACAGACAGCUGGAGAAACACAUUCCCACGAACAACGUCGAGGAGGUGGACCCGAGAGGUCGGACGGCGCUGCAUUUAGCCGUGUCUCUCGGUCACCUGGAGUCGGUGCGAGUGCUGCUCAGACACGGAGCCGCGGUCACUGCAGAGAACGCCAAGAACUGGACCGUGCUGCACGAAGCCGUCAGCACCGGAGAUCCUGAGAUGGUGCAGCUGGUUCUGCAGCGGCGUGAUUACCUCAAAGCCUCCACUGCGCUGGCAGGAGUUCCAGAGCUUCUGUGCAAGAUCAAAGAGUUUUCAGAUUUCUACAUGGAGAUGAAGUGGGAGUUCACCAGUUGGAUCCCGCUGGUGUCGCGCGUGUGCCCGAGCGACGUGUGUCGGAUCUGGAAGAGCGGUGCCAGCCUGCGUGUGGACGCCACGCUGCUCGGGUUCGAGAACAUGACGUGGAUCAGAGGGAGGCGGAGCUACAUCUUCAGAGGAGACGAGAACUGCGCUGAGCUGAUGGAGGUUAACCACGAUGAGCAGCUGGUGGACACCGAGCGCUUUGACAUCACGCGGGAGCUGGACGAGGUCACGCUCGACUCCAUGCAGCCCGACCAGCAGGAGGUGGCCAAGCGGCUGACCACGCCCGUCGUCAACACCUACCUCGACACCAAGGACAUCUCCUUCGAAAGGUGUAAAUCAGGAAUCUGGGGCUGGAGAACAGACAGAACAGAAGAGGUGAACGGAUUUGAAUCCAAGGUUUUCUCGGUCAACAACGUGAACGUGGUGAUUCGGACGAGGACGGAGCACCUUACUGAUGAGGAGAAAGCCAGGAUCAAAAGUGAGAGAAACGUUCUGGAGUCGUUUCUAGGAACGGUAGAGCAGCAGAUCAGCGCCCAAGGGGAUCUGACUCUGGAAUACGCCACAGCCACCAACCCAACCGCCAUCACACCGGAGGAAUAUUUCAACCCGGACUUUGACCUGAAGGACCGAGACAUUGGAAGACCCAUCGAGCUCACCAUCAGAACCCAGAGGUUCAAGGGCACACUGUGGAUGAGCGAGGAACACCCCCUCUCCUUGGUGGAACAGGUGACUCCCAUUAUCAACCUGAUGGCUCGUACCAGCACACACUUCGCCCGCCUCAAAGACUUCGUCACGCUCCGCUUCCCCCCAGGCUUCCCCGUCAAGAUCGGUAACGUCAAGUCCACGAUACGAUACAAAACACACACAGCAGUUACACUAUAUGACCACAAGUAUGUGGACACCUAUCCUUAAGCUUGUUGGACAUUUUAUUCUAAAACCAUGAGCAUUAAUAUGGAAUUAGUUUCUUAUUUGUGGCUAUAACAGCCUCCACUCUUUUGGGAAUUCUUUGCUUAAGAUGUGUGAAUGAACAAUCAGUGUUCCAAUUCAUCCCACUGGACUUCUUUCAAGUCAAAAUAUGGACCUGGCUUUGUGCAUAAAGGCACAGGCUUACUGGAAACCUGCUCUCUCAGGCUGUCGAGGCCAAGAAGAAGCUGAAAGAAGGACGUUCCAGAAAGAACGUGGACGUUUAUGGGCCCCUUCGUUUUGCAGUGUUUGGGUAUGGUGAUCCGCCAACUCUGAACUCAAACCCAUUUUACAGUUGUUUACUUGUUACACAACUUAUUACUAUUUUAAUUGGAACUAAUUUUUAAUGAUUUUAAUUUUGGGUUUAUUACAUUGAUACGAUUGAUUUAUUAUAAUAAAUGUGUGUUUUCAGUCUGGUCAUCACAGGACCGGUGAGCCAUUAUUUCUACCAGCUGUUGGAGGUGAUGUUUCCAGUGGCUGUAUCAUUCCCCAUGCUCAAACGA